UACUUGGAAAAAAAUCAACAAUUGUUAAUUUUUCCUGCUGCAGUGAAUUCUACUUUUACAAAAACUACUAGAAAUAUACCAAAAUAAAACAAAAUAAUGAGUUCAACAUCUAACGCAACAGCGGGUGAUAUGUUGUAUGGCACCACCUUAUCGGCGGAGUCUAUGAAAGUCAUUGCCGAAAGUAUUGGUGUGGGUUCUUUGCCAGACGAUGCCGCUAAAGAGUUGGCUGAAGAUGUGUCGUAUAAAAUCAAGAGGAUCGUACAGGAUGCUACAAAAUUUAUGCAUCAUUCUAAAAGAGAUAAACUAAUACUCAGUGAUAUAGAUCAUGCUCUCAAAGUACGCAACAUUGAGCCUCAAUAUGGUUUUACCGCCAAUGACUUUAUACCCUUUCGUUUUGCUUCUGGCGGAGGGCGAGAAUUGCAUUUUAUUGAGGAAAAAGAAAUGGAUUUAAGUGAAAUUGUUCAAAGUAAUGUUCCGAAAGUGCCCUUGGAUAUAACUCUAAGAACUCACUGGUUGGCGGUAGAUGGCAUUCAACCCACCAUACCAGAAAAUCCUCCACCUCUAUCGAAAGAUUUGCAAGCCUUGGAUUCAGUUAAUCCAGUUGUUAAACUAGAACAGGGUGUUACUAAGGAUACAGCAGGCAAGCCGGCUACCGGUAAAAUCCAUAAAUUGAAAAAUGUCGAAACAGUGCAUGUCAAACAAUUGGCUACUCACGAAUUGUCUGUGGAGCAACAGUUGUACUAUAAAGAAAUUACAGAAGCAUGUGUGGGUUCAGAUGAACCACGACGUGCAGAAGCUUUACAAUCUUUGGCCUCGGAUCCAGGUCUACAUGAAAUGUUGCCGCGUAUGUGCACCUUUAUAGCGGAAGGUGUUAAAGUCAAUGUAGUGCAAAAUAAUUUGGCUUUACUUAUAUAUUUGAUGCGCAUGGUAAAGGCUUUAUUGGAUAAUCCUUCAUUAUAUUUGGAGAAAUAUCUUCAUGAACUUAUACCCUCUGUAACCACUUGCAUUGUGUCCAAACAACUGUGUAUGCGCCCUGAAUUGGAUAACCACUGGGCCUUGCGUGAUUUUGCCUCACGUCUUAUGUCACAAAUUUGCAAAACCUUUAACACGUCUACCAAUAAUCUACAAACUCGUGUUACACGCAUCUUUAGCAAAGCUUUACAAAAUGAUAAAACUCAUUUGUCUUCCUUGUAUGGAUCCAUAGCAGGACUCUCUGAAUUGGGCGCUGAAGUAAUAAAAGUUUUUAUUAUACCACGUCUUAAGUUUAUAUCCGAACGAAUUGAGGGACAUUUGCUGGGUUCAUCGCAAAGUAAUACCGAUAAGACUGCUGCUGGUCAUAUUCGAGCAAUGUUGCAAAAAGUAUGUCCUCCUAUUUUGAAACAAAUACGUAAUCCCCCUGAUUUCUCGGAUGAAUAUAAAAAUGAUUUCGGUUUUUUGGGUCCCUCUCUAUGUCAAGCCGUGGUAAAAGCUCGUAAUGCUCCUUCUACUGCGACAGUUACUGGUCCUUCUACGAUCUCUAGUGGACCCAUAACAUCGGCUGCUCAAACUGCAACAACUAUUGGCAGACCACAAGUUACACAAAUAACACCACAGAGACAACCGAGCCCUGUGGUAACCACUCUACCCCAAAUACGUGGUAUUCAAACUAUACAGCCUAUACAACAACAACAACCGCAACAGCAACAAACCCCAACCGCACCGCCAGCACAGAAAUUUGUUAUAGUAUCACAGGCACAGCAACAGAUAAUACAACAGCCUGUUCAAACAAUACAAUUACAACAACAAACACAGCCACAACAACAACAACAACAGCAUCAGCAGACACUAUAUCAACAACGUCCAUCAACACCACAAUCGGUAUUGUUAACAACAAACAACCAAACAUCAUUAAAUAAUGGUGCUGGUGGUGGUAGUAGUGUUGUUGGCGGUCUUGGUGGUAAUGGUUCUAACUCAGGCAAUAAUAGUCUUCUAGGUAAUAUAGGCAGUACUGUUGUUAUUGGCAGCAGCAGUAGUGGAAGUAGUAUUGUUGCAAAUAGUAUCUUAAAUCGAAAUGAAAGGACAUCUGUUGAUUCCAAUUCCAUUAUCAUUGAAACAGAAGAAGUUCGACCACCACCGGAACUAGAUGAUCUGUCACAUUUGGAAUAGCAAAAGAAGAUGAAAUAAGUUUUAUUAUUUUAUUAAUAUUUUAAAGAAUUCAAACUUUGCUGGUAAAGAAAUACAUGGAGAAUACUUAUAAUUAUAAUAAAUAACAAACAAAAAA